UCUGCGUCGUCCGGCGGUCCGAGACAAACUUUUAGACUCCCGAACUAAGAAAGCCGAAGUGGCAAUCAUGAAACACCAUUAAUGACCCUUAGCUCCUCCACCACCAAAUAGCUUCAACAGCCAUUAUUGGCCGCCUUGGUCGGCGUAUUUCAGAACCUCUAUUCAGGGGAACAUGGUUAAGCAUCAGCUGGAGUUCGUGCCUUACACUUCGCCCGCCAAUAAUCCUACCGGCUUCCGACCCAGUCUGUAACGGGUUGAUAAAGGAGUGGAGCUUUGAUACCUCGGAUGGGCAGAAUGGAUCUCUCCAUAUAAGAUUACUCAGGCGUUCUUGCCCCAGCAGACUGGGACAAGGUUUUACUUUGCAGCACCGGCCUGGCGUUUGUCGGACGUUUCAUGAUCAGCCUCCACUUAGUCCCAUUCUAGAACCUAAUAUGCUCAAAAGGGUGCUUGCUGCCUUUCACAGCGCCACCGAGCAAAAUUGAGCUCCUACUCCGAGUACAUAUAAGGCUGGGAACCUUCGCUCUGUUGGUCCAGAGUAUCAAUCCAUCCCUUCUUUGUACCAUUUACUUUUUCAGUCCUUCUUUUCUUUUCAUUUGUCUUUCUUUCAAACAUGAAGUACGCGUCUUUCAUCGCCGCUGCUGCGGCUGCGCUCGCCAGCGCCGUUAGCGCCGCCGGCGUUUCUGGUGCUGCUGAGGGUUUCGCCAAGGGCGUCACUGGUGGUGGCAGCGCUACCCCAGUUUACCCUUCCACCACCGAUGAGCUGGUCUCAUACCUUGGUGACAGCCAGGCGCGUGUUAUCAUCCUCACCAAGACCUUUGACUUCACCAACACCGAGGGCACCGAAACUAGCAAGGGCUGCGCUCCCUGGGGUACUGCCUCCGGCUGCCAGCUUGCCAUCAACAAGGACAACUGGUGUAACAACUACGAACCCAACGCUCCUACUGUGAGCAGCAUCACCUACAGCAAGGCUGGUGUUCUUGGUAUCACCGUCAACUCCAACAAGUCGAUUGUCGGCCAGGGUAGUGCUGGUGUCAUCAAGGGUCGUGGUCUCCGUAUCGUCAGCGGCGCUAAGAACGUUAUCAUCCAGAACAUUGCUAUCACCGACAUCAACCCCCAGUACGUCUGGGGUGGUGAUGCCAUCACUCUGAACGAGGCCGACCUUGUCUGGAUCGACCACGUUACCACUGCCCGUAUCGCCCGUCAGCACAUCGUCCUCGGCACCCAGGCUGACAACCGUGUCACCAUCUCCAACUCCCUCAUCGACGGUCGCACCGACUACUCCGCUACCUGCAACGGCUACCACUACUGGGGUGUCUACCUUGACGGUUCCAACGACAUGGUCACCAUGAAGGGCAACUACUUCUACCACACCUCCGGCCGUAUGCCCAAGGUCCAGGGCAACACCCUUCUCCAUGCCGUCAACAACUACUUCCACGACGUUAAGGGCCACGCUUUCGAGAUCGGCUCCGGUGGCUACGUCCUCGCCGAGGGUAACGCUUUCCAGAACGUCGAUGCCCCCGUUGAGUCCCCCAUCAGCGGACAGCUCUUCAGCGCCCCUGAUGCCACCACCAAUGAGCAGUGCAAGUCCGUUUUCGGCCGUGCUUGCCAGAUCAACGCGUUCGGCAGCUCUGGUUCCUUCAGCCAGGCUGAUACCGCCGUCAUUUCUAAGUUCUCUGGCAAGAACAUCGCUGGUGCUCACCUUGCUCAGAACAUCCCCAGGUGGGUCAUGGCCAACGCCGGCCAGGGCAAGCUCUAAAUCAUCGAUUAAGAGAUCUCUAUUUGAAGAGUGCGUGUGGGUGAGAAUGUCGAAGGUCUUGGGGACGAUAAUUAUUCUUCGUGUAUCUACUUCUUUAUAAUACUUUAGCAGGCUACAAUAUUAUUAAUUUAGCUUGAAUCGUUGUGUUGGUUUAAA